CCUCCCACCUGCGGAAAAGCCGCAGAGUUCCGAGCAGCCGUCAGUAAAGCGUCUCCUCGCAAAUCCAGCGCGGAGAAACACAAGCUGACUCGCUGAAGACGCCUGUACUGGUUUGUCUCGCGUGGAUCCACUCUCUGGUGGACUGGAACUGUUUGGUCUUGGUGGUUGAACUCGGUCACAUCGUCGCUGCGCCAUGAGUGUGACCUCGGAGAACGUCUUUCUGACGGCGCUGCAGCCCAACUUGACCGUCAGCACUUACGCGGUCCCCUCCGAAACCGAGCUCGCGCACGGCGGGACCCACGCCAAGGAGGAGGCGAGGUUCAAGCGCGUGCACCAGCAGGUGUCCAUGAGACUGGCGGAGAAAUCCACGCUUCCGCGCCAGAACGGCUCGUCGUCACAACACGCAGCCUCAGAGUCUGGGAAUUAUUCGACGAUGACAAAAUAUUCAACAAUGAGCCAGAAUUUCACUCCAAAUUUCAGCUCUAAAUCCUUCGUCUAUGCCCCCGGCAGAUCAGUGAUGGCCCAACGUCCAUCCCAGUACUCUAGUGGUUACUCAUCCCGUUCUGCCAUUGAUUUCGGCCCAAGAACCAAAGUCAGUUACACAGGAGGUGGAGGUGGUGGUGGCGGCGGGGCGUAUUACCAAGAAGAGUUUGGCAACGGCGGUUACCAAGGUGGCAGUUUCCAAGUCAGUGGUUACCAAAGUGGUGGCGGACAAGUUCCACAGCAGCAAGUCAGCUCAAUGACUCGAUCCUUCUGUCGAAUGGGGGGCGACCCGGAGACCCUGUCGAUGCAUUCCAUGCGUUUGCCAUCUGUGCCGCGCCAAGUGGUUUCUUCAUGGGUGGCGCAGGACGACAGCGAUGGCAGCCUGGUUUCAGAGCGUGACGCCACUUACAUGCAACAGGCCUCCAUGCAGAGCAUGAACAACGGCUACGCCGUCAACACCUACCCACGCCAGUCCAUGUAUUCAACCACUAGGAUGAACGGAUUUGAAAGCGGACAGCAGCAGGUCAGUUCCAUGACGCUGCCGGCCAUGAAACACUCCCUCAGUGGGACGCUGGGCUCUGGCGGCGGAGGCAUGGAACAGGAAGUCUACGUUAGGUCUGCGUCCUUCAAAGGUCCCGCCCACCGCACCAUCAGCCGAAUCAACAACCGUCAAACGACUCGCGGAUCCAACAUGUCAUCAAGCAUGUACGGAAGUGCCGGAUUAAGCGGCUCACAGAGCAACAUGGGGAUGAUGCAGCAGGGAAGGCUGUCACGCGCCGGCUCUGUCAGGAGCGUUCAUAGUGUCGGGAGAGGCAAGGAUGUGUUUGACGGCAUGGACAUGAUGGGCAGCAUGGGCAACCUGAGCGGACUCAACACUUUGGACAUUGUGACUGCCGUUAACUAUCUUGAUGAGUCCGAUCAAAAUCUUCAAACGUUGGGAGCUGCCUACAUUCAGCAUGAGUGUUACAAUAACAAAGAUGCAAAGAAACAGGUGAACCAGCUGAAGGGAAUUCCUGUCCUGGUGCAGCUGUUUACCAGCGAGAAUCAAGAGGUGCAGCGCUACGCCACCGGCGCCACCAGGAACCUCAUCUAUGAGAACAUGGAGAACAAAGUGGCUCUUAUUGAAGCUGGCGGGAUCCCCAAGCUCAUAGAAGCCCUUAGAGAAGGGGACGACGAACUCCGCAAGAACAUCACAGGUAUUCUGUGGAAUCUGUCCUCUAAGGAUAACCUGAAAGAAAGACUGGCACGAGAAACACUUGCCGAAUUGACAGAGAAGAUUUUGAUUCCCCUCUCCGGCACCGGGGACCAGGACAUCAUUGAGCUAAACCCCUCAGAGUCCGACAUCUUCUUCAACACCACCGGUUGUCUCAGAAACUUGAGCUCAGUGAACGAGAAGACUAGACAGCAGAUAAGGGAGACCCCUGGCCUUAUAGAUGCUCUGGUUGGCUAUAUUCAGAAAUGCUUGCAGGACACUAAAGUGGAGGAGAAGGGUGUGGAGAACGCAGUGUGUGUGUUGAGGAAUCUGUCCUAUCAGCUGUACACUGAGAUUCCCCACUCAGUACUUCUGCGGCUGGAGGGUCCGAGUCGAGCUCUGAGCUCCUCAAAAGGAGAAGCUAUUGGCUGCUUCACCCCUAAUAGCAAGAAGGCCAAAGAUAGACAAAAUCAGGACCUCACUACAUUUACAGAAGUGUCCCGGCAGCCCAAAGAUAUCGAGUGGCUCUGGCACCCUAAGAUAGUGGAGCUGUAUAACCAGGUGCUGCAGCAAUGCAAGAUCAACUCCACCACGCGAGAGGGUGCGGCCGGAGCCAUGCAGAACAUCACAGCUGGAGACAAGAGGUGGGCGUCCAUCUUGAGUCAUGUGGCAUUAGAGCAGAAAAAGAUGUUGCCUGUUAUUCUGGAUCUCCUCGAGACCAACAACAAUCUAGAGCUGCGUUCUCUCACCGGCUUACUCAGAAACUUCUCCCGUCAUGCCAAGGACAAGAACGACAUGGCAACAAAGCUGGUAAAACCCUUGCUAGCCAAACUGCCCGCCGAUGGCCGUCAGAAGGAGCCAUCAAGUGAUGUGGUUGUGAACGCCUGUGGAGCCCUCAACAACCUAGUGACCAGCAGCUUGGUGGCUGCACAAGAAAUCACACACUCAGAUGGUCUGCCCAAGCUAAUAGACAUCAAGACCUCUCAUGACAACAGCCCUGGUAAACAGAAAGCUGCUAAAGCUGCGGCAACAGUGCUGAGCAACAUGUUCCAGUAUAAGAAACUACACAAAGAUUACAGAAGCAGAGGGUACCAGAGAGAAGACUUUUCAGACCUGGGCAUCUGAAUGGAUUGUAUUGUCAAUCAGGAAGAUAUUUAAUAAGGACAAUGGAUAAAGAAAACUCAAAACACUACCGGAACAAUAGCAAUAUAAAUAUUCUGAAAUAUGAAAAAGUGGAUAACACACACAAGACUUGAUUGAUACUGUAUAGGAUGAACACUUCCAAUUUAGCCUCGUAUUUUUAUUUUUCCCAAAAAAAAAAAAAAAUCCUCAGGGAUUUAUUGCAAUGUGUCUUUUUUUAUACUGGCAUUUGCUUGAAUUUUUUUUAUUAUUAUUAAUAUACAGAUAUACAGAUAAUAUCCAUGAUAUAAUAAUUAUAUCUUGGGAAUGUAUUCACUUUUAAAAUAGUUUAUUUUUUAUAUAUAUAUUUGUAGAAAAAUACCUGUAUUAUGAUGGUGAGAGAGACAUUUUAGCUGGAAAACUGGAAUUGUGAGGAUCUAGAUAAUAUAAGAACUGAAAGCUGUAAUAUGUUUUAUAAUACACAUAAAAGUUUUAAACACAGGCCGGACAGAUUCGGACUGUUUAUCAGCUUUCUUGUCGUAACAGAACUGCUUAUUUCUUACUAUUGUGAUUUAAAAUCUAGUGGGUUUUCUUCUGUUUUGGUGUUUUGUUGUAUGUACAGAUAGUAUGUGUCAUUAUUUAGUGUACAAAAUAAUAAUAGUAGGUUUAAUAAUAACUGUAAUGAUAUGAGAAUGCAUGAUAAAAUACCAUCUGAAUGUUUGAAUGGAAAUAAUGCAUUUAAAUCCACUAAGUUGAUUAUAACAUCACUAUGUGCCAAAUGAUCAUUUCUGUUCAUUUAUGAAUUUUACUAUUUUUCGUAAUUGUACAUGGUGCAAUAUGUGCAUUAAUUUGACAGUAAGCAAUUCUACUUACAAGUAGUGUUUUUUUUUUUUGUAUAAACUUGGAAUGUUCUCUUUUCAAAGCCUUUGAUGACCGAAUGUCUAGUAUAUUUUAUAAUUCAUCAUAAUUUCUUUGUAAAAUGCAUGGUGCGUGAGUGUCAUAGACCUAUGCUCAUAUCAAAAACAAUAAAAAGGAAAUAAAGAGA